AUGGUGGCCAAGCUCGAUGGUUAUCUUGGUCUUCCUCUACAUGUUGGAAAUAAGAAGACUAGUUCUUUACAAAGUAUCUUGGAUCGUACGGCCAGUAGAAUCAAUAGCUGGUCAAAGAGAUUAUUAUCUAAUGGCGAUAAGGAGAUAUUUAUAAAGUCCAUCCUUCAGUCGAUCUUGACUUAUGCUUUCUCAGUGUUCUUUGCCCCUAACAGUGUCCUUGAGGAGCUCCAAUCUUUGCUUAGCCGUGUGUGGUGGGGGGGAAAGGAUAGAAACAAGGGCUGGAACAUGAUGUCGUGGGACAUGAUGUGCUACCCCAAGGGUAUGGAGGGUCUUGGCUUCAGGGAUUUACGUCGCUUUAAUGUGGCUUUCUUGGGCCGGCAAGUGUGGCACCUCAUUAACUACAAAGAUACCUUAUGUUACAAAGUCUUAAGUGCUAAAUACUUUCCCAAGGGUGAUGUGUUUUACCCCAAGAGCAUGGAUAAACCUUCAUAUACGUGGCAGAGUAUAGCUAAGGCUGCUAGUGUUUCGCAUGAGGGUUUCAGCUAG